AUGCCAUCACUGGAAGGGCUAUCGGAUGCCCGUGUGAUUAUCCUGGCAACACAUCUUUGUAUAGGGGGACACGUGGCCGACCUUCCCAUUCUGCAGGCACAAUAUCCCCAUUGCUUCCCACUUGAACGCCUGCUGCGCAUCAUCUUGACCUUCCUUCCCGAAAGUACAGAGCCCUCGGAGUACGUAGGGGUGAUCCAGCAGCUAGUUGAAAACACCGGCGCCAGCACUUCAGAGCGAGAAAUCGACAUAUCUGCGGUCAAGAACCUGUCCGAAUCCGAAGCUCGGAGGCGCCUACGAAAGCUCCGUUUACGACCACUGAAGCGGGAUGACGAAGAAGAGGAAGUGGUCUCGGCUGGUCCACUAACCCAAUUCAUCAUUCAUCGCGCACACCUCAUCGACUCUGAAACUUCCCUCCAGCCGCUUGUUCUUAGCCUUGUCCUCCCGUUCUACGAAAACAACCUGGUUAUUAGGCGAUGGUUAAUCUCGAGCCUUCUCCCGGCGCUUCGUCUCAAUUAUGAAUAUUAUCCCAAUCACGACGAAACGAUUUCACUAGAAACACUGGAAUUGAUGGAUGAUCGUACCGCCGUGAAUGUUUUGCUAUCAAUUGCCGGCCCAGAGAGAAACGACAUGGACUUGGUAAACAACCUGAGGGGGUUGGUUGGCCCGUGGCUCCAAGGGAGCACUCGAUCAAAGCGAAGGAAGCUAAAUGAAAGGGCUAUAGAUAGCUCCAUCUCCUUCGUGCAAGGGACUCCGAAGCCAGACUCCGUCGAAUGCACUGGAUGGGACUAUGUAAACGAAUGGCUCCUUUCGCGAAGCACAAUAGACAGCGAGAGCGUUGUCCACGCAUUUAUGAAUUGGGCGGGUCCCGAAGAUACGGACCUAGGAGGGUACCAGGAUGGUAACACCGAAAUUCCUCCGGAAAAGGCGAAAGGCUUGCUACAACGGUACAGCCAAUCUGGUCUGUCUACGAUAUACGCCAAGGCGGAUGCCUCAAAGGCCACCCUUGAAGAUUCCGCCAAAAUUCUGCAAAGCAUUAUGAAACUACAAAAUCUGGAAGAAUUCUCCUAUCUGGAUUCACCUGAAGGAGUGCUUCCGUCUGUGGAUUUUGAUACAGGGUUUAUUUCAUCGACGUCUCGGGCGUCUUUGCUACAGAACGCUCUUCUGGCGCCAGAAAACCCCCUGACGAGCCCAUCGCCUUCUUCGAUAUCAUUCUUGAGCGCAAUUAUCCUGUCUUUACGGAUACUGAAUGCUCUCGGUCAUGAGACAAACUGCAGGAUUGUAGCAAACAUGUGUCUUCACAGCAACGAAGAAAUGCAGGCUGCCGAACUCAAAGGAGUCAUUGCAUCUACAGCGAGACAGACUCGAUCAAGGCAAGAUUGGCAAGUUAUUCGACAGCAGCUUCUCUGGCUGCGAGAUUGGCAGGCGGAGCAAAGUGAAGAUGGUUGGAGUGAGCCAUCUACCCACCACGGCCUGUUUUGGAAGAUCUCACGGGACGAUGUCGAAAUCGAAAUUCUGAAGGCGCUUCUGGGAGCCAGAGAAUAUCGACUCGCUGUCGAAGUAUACACACAGUCAUCAGCGCCAUUAGACACUAUGCAAGUGGAGACAGCCGUAGUAGACUCCAUCUUUACGGCCUAUGACAAUGCCAGUAACGGUAAUCGGACUCGUGGCGGAAUGAAGAAAGCUUUCGAGAUCUUGCAAGCCUUCCAGCCACACUUCCCAGACUCAGCCACGCUUAAGCAGAUUGGCUCAUUGAUAGCGGCGACGCAUGCACUGUCUUUCUAUUCAUUGACAUUGCAACACGGCGUCCCCUUCCAGCCAGUCAGCAUUCGUGUCCACCAUGACCCUCUCUCACUGGUAGAGAAAGUGCUCGAGCAGAACCCCAAAAGCUAUACUAAGCUGGACGACCUCCUCUCCAUCGGCCGAAACCUCGUCGAGGCCGGGCUUUGUACGAUGCCUCCUCCAACUCCAGCGGACGCACACAUACCUCCAGAGAAAUUAUCCCAAGCCGAUGCUCUUGUCACAGCAGAGCGCCGCAUUACCUCUCUCUCAAUUUCCUCCGCUUUAGACUCCAACGACUUCGACACAGCCUACUCCUACAUCCUCACCCGGCUGACUUCCCCUUCCCACCUCACUAAUACAUCUUCCCCUUCCACCUCCAUCCCAGAUGAUAUCUCAUGGCGCGCCGUCUACAACGCAGGCCGCUACCGCUCCACCUCCCCCACAGCGUCCACCCCACUCCAAACCCAAAUAAACCAUCUCUCUCAACGCAUGGAACUCCUAUCCCUCGCCCUUGUCCUCGUUCCAAUCCCCGACCCGCUCCCCGAAAUCCUCGGUGCCUGGCGCCGCUGCGACGAGGAGCUCUCCUCCCUUCGCGCCCGUGAGUUGCACGAAGAGGACGUCUGGGACACCAAAGGUGACUCGCUCUCCACCGUACCCGGUGGCUUUGGGCCCACUGAUUUCGAGCGCGACGCCUUCGACACAGCGCAACAGCGUGCUGCGCGCCGGGCGCGCGCUCGCGCGAUGCCGCAUUCCCAUCCCCACGAGGCUCCUAUGGGCUUGUUCGAGGUUGCGCGUGGCGCAGCCCUAGCGCUUCGCAAGAAUGCUUUCCCGCUGCGGGGGGCUGCGGGUGAUGAGCCUGCCAGUGCGGGUGGGAGUGUGCGUGCCGAACGAACGGAAGCUGAGCCGCAUGGGCAGGAGGGCGAUCGCGUGCGCAAGCGGGAUAUGGUUAGCAAUAUGGUGACUGGGGGAUUGGCGAGUGGGAUUGGAUGGGUUCUGGGUGCUGAGCCUGUGAAUCGGUCUUAG